AUUUCCUUCAAAUUACUCAAAUCAAAUGCACAUCUUUGGUUCUUCAACCACUACGUCCUUGUUUGGUUGAAAUGGCGUACGAAGUCCUCCCAGGAAGUAAGGAGUAAGCUUAUAAAUUAGGCCAACUCCAUUAGGUCUCCUCUUGCACUUGCAAAUCCAAACCGAAAGAAGGCAUACUCCAAAUCACCCAAGAAAAUGCAAGAUCCAGUAGCAAUCAUAGUAGGAGCUGGCCCCUCCGGUCUAGCCACUUCGGCAUGCCUAAACCAGCAUUCAAUCCCUCACAUCAUCCUGGAAAGGGAAGAUUGUUUCGCUUCUCUUUGGAAGAAAUAUUCAUAUGAUCGUCUGCACCUUCACUUAAAAAAGCAAUUCUGCGAGCUCCCUCACAUGCCUUUCCCUGCCUCCUCUCCCACUUAUAUCCCUAAAGAUCAUUUCAUCAAAUAUCUAGAUCACUACGUUUCUCAUUUCAAGAUUUCUCCUAUCUACCAAAGAUGUGUGGAGUCGGCCAGCUACGAUGAAGCCACCAAGAAAUGGAAGGUUAUGGUCAGGAAUGUGAGUUCCAGCGAGACUGAGGAAUACUCUGCUAGGUUUUUGGUGGUGGCAAGUGGAGAAGCUUGCAAUCCUUUCAUACCUGAGGUUGAAGGAUUGAAUAGUUUCACAGGUGAUGCUCUGCACUCUACUCAGUUCGGAAAUGGCAAGGCUUAUAGAGACAAGAAUGUUUUGGUUGUUGGGUCUGGUAAUUCUGGUAUGGAGAUUGCUCUAGACCUGGCAAACCAUGGUGCCAGAACAUCCAUUGUUGUUCGAAGCCCGGUUCACAUUCUAUCUAGGGAGAUGGUGCACUUGGGCUUGGUUAUGUUGAAGUAUUUUUCAUUGGGAAUUGUGGACUCACUGAUGGUGUUGUUUAGCAAGUUUGUAUACGGAGACUUGACCAAUUAUGGGAUGAGAAGGGCUACAGAGGGUCCCUUCUUCAUGAAAGUUGCUUACGGCAAGUAUCCUAUUUUUGAUGUGGGUACCUUCGAUAAGAUCAAGGCCGGAGAGAUUCAAGUCUUGCCUGCAAUACAAAAUAUAAGAGGAAAUGAGGUACUCUUUGAGAAUGGCAGGUCACACUCGUUUGACGCAAUCAUUUUUUGUACUGGAUUCAAAAGAUCAACAAAUAAAUGGCUGAAGGGAGAUGAUUACCUUUUGAAUGAGGAUGGAAUACCGAAGCCACGGUACCCAAACCACUGGAAGGGAAAGAAGGGUUUAUACUGUAUUGGAUUGUCAAGGAGAGGAUUGUAUGGAGCUAGUGCAGAUGCACAAAACACGUCUGACGACAUCAAGUCACUUGUAUGAGAAAGGUUACAUAAGAAGCUUGUGUCACAAGGAGUUUAGCUUUCUAAUAGCCUACAGAGCAAGCACAGGCACAUCCUUCCAACAACCCAAAAUCCCUGGCAAUGCUAAUGCUCUUUAAUUCUAAGCGUAUCACUUAGACAUUUGCAACAACCAAAAUAAACGUGAAAUUAUGGGCCAGUUCUGACUUAUCUGAAACUGGAUGUUGCUCAAUGCUCUUUAUUUUGUAUUAAAUUGAAUGAUUAAAUAAUUCAAAUAUCCAUUAUCUCAAA